GAGAAGACAGCUUCCCUUAGUCCCCAAGCAGUGAUUGUCCGACUGCGUGUCAGUAUACAUCUCCGGUGCCCUCUUCCUCCAGCCACCAACCCCGGACUGAGGCCAGGAUCCCCUGCUCCCAGCCCCCACCUCUGCCUCCCUCUGUGCCUGUCUCCCAGUGCACCCCUCAGACGCCGGGAGUGGCCGGCCGCAUUUCCCUACCACACAGGAUCUUGGCUUGAAGGAGUGAAAAAAAAAGUUCAAAAUGGGAGCCGGAGGAAGUGUCGAAGACAAGGCAUUAGCCGCAAAGUCCAAGGAGCUGGAAAAGCAGCUUGCGGAGGAUGCAGACAAAGAAUCCAAGACAGUCAAGCUUCUGCUGCUUGGUGCUGGUGAGUCUGGGAAGAGCACAAUUGUCAAGCAGAUGAAAAUUCUCCAUCAAGGUGGUUAUACCAAAGAAGAACAAUUGGAGUUCAGGGCGAUCAUCUAUGGUAACAUCCUGCAGUCUGCUCUGGCCAUCAUCAGAGGCAUGGAGAUGCUGUCCAUUGACUUUGGAUCACCAAAAGGAUCUGAAGAUGGGCAGAAGCUGUCCAACCUGUCAGACUCCAUUGAAGAGGGCAGCAUGCCCCCUGAGCUGGCUGAUGUCAUCAAGAGGCUGUGGAGUGACAGUGGUGUCCAGGCCUCCUUCGAGAGAGCAGCCGAGUAUCAGCUCAAUGACUCUGCUGGCUACUACCUUGCAGAAUUGGACAGAAUCACAAAGUCUGAUUACCUGCCCAACGAGCAGGACGUGCUGCGUUCUCGAGUCAAGACCACCGGUAUCAUCGAGGAGCAGUUCUCCUGCAAAGAGCUGCAUUUCAGGAUGUUUGAUGUGGGCGGCCAGCGGUCGGAGAGAAAGAAGUGGAUCCAUUGUUUCGAGGGUGUGACCUGUAUCAUCUUCUGUGGAGCCCUCAGUGCUUAUGACAUGGUGCUCGUAGAGGACGAUGAAGUGAACCGUAUGCAUGAGUCUCUCCACUUGUUCAACAGUAUCUGCAACCACAGGUUCUUCGCCACCACCUCCAUCGUGCUCUUCCUCAACAAGAAGGAUCUUUUUGAAGAGAAAAUCAAGAAGGUCCACCUCAGCAUCUGCUUCCCAGACUACGAUGGCCCCAACACGUAUGAUGAUGCCAGUGACUACAUCAAGAAGCAGUUUGAAGAGCUGAACAUGAAGAAGGGUGUCAAAGAAAUCUAUUCCCACUUGACCUGCGCCACAGACACAAAGAACGUUGAGAUUGUGUUCGGAGCCGUGACAGACAUCAUUAUCAAAGAGAACCUAAAAUCUUGCGGUCUGUUCUAAGCAGACACACAAAGAGAUUGUAUUUUUUCCCUCAUCCCUUCACUUGGAUUCAUGUUGAAGUUGAGCAGUAGGAACAGAAGGCACAACAGAAGGCUUUGUAAUGUCAUAAGACUCUUCAGACCCUUCAAUUCUACACUAUCCCCUCCCUUCAUUCCUAACUACCAACACCCUAAAUGAUGAGUAAUGAAUGCAAAUACUAAGAAACAGCCCCUAACUUAUUCCAAAGUGAGUGAACACACAUCAUGUCCAACAAAU